GCAGCCGCACACAAGUCAAACGCACGCGCACGCAAACUCCUGACAAGCCUUCUUCACAGAGGCGCAUCCCUGCCCAACGACAAGUGUGUGAGACAAGACAGACAGGCAAGACAGACAGACAGACAGGCAAGACAGACAGACAGACAGACUCAACGAAAAGUUCCCUUUUAAAGUUGUCAAAGAGAGAAAUAGAGUCACCUGAAGAGCUCGAGCAGUCAGCGGCUGGUCGAACGACCAGGACGGAAGAACAUCUGGAACAUCUCGGACCAGAGGACGACCGAGCUCAGUCAGCUCUUUGAGGAACAAACGGGGAGAACGUCAACUUCAAACAGAGGAACCCGACAGGAACCAGACUGUGGUGGUUCUCCAAAAUCGGUGGUCAAAAGCACAUUUAGAAGCGGUUGAGUCAUGCAUGUGUUUCCAGCAGGCGUUGGUCUGAUGGUGAUGUUAGCUCUGGGGGCUGUUGUGGACACAGCCCCCACCACCCUCACCAAACCAGCGUAUGGUGAACCUCCUGAUCCGUCCGCAAGUCAGUCGGACGUACAAGCAAGGUCCAAGUCAGCAGCAGACACACUGAUAAAACAAGCGAACCUGUCGCCGAUGACAACCAACCCAUCCCGUGGCGACGGGACGACCCCAGCGGCCAGCAGUCUGGGCAAACGAACGAAGACGGCUCCAGUGCCAAGCAGUCCAAGUAGACGAGCCCAGAUUCUGAAGAUGCUCUCCGCUCUGGAGGAACUCCACAGGGUGAUGAAUGGUUCCCUGAGUACGAGGAUUACUGUGAUGGCCAGAGGUGAGAUAAGACAGUCAUCACACACACACUAUGCACACACCAAACACAUUUCUAAUUUCUUAUUUCUAAUAACAUUUGUUUGUCACGUUUCAGCAAAUGGCAAAAUUUCUGUGAAGAAAAAUAAACGGGUGACUGCAGAGGACAGUGUGAAAACAACAACAGGGCCUCCGAUGGAAGCCGGUGGUAAUGCUCUCAAAGCCAGCACGGAUCACAUUGACCCGAGCAGCUGGGCUUUCAAGAAGUCUCUCCCUCCGCAGCCGAAGAAGCCCAAUAAGAGAGUAUGCUUCUGGAAGUAUUGCUCCCAGAACUGACCCCUCUUCAGUGACCCUCCCAUCUCUCUAUCAACCCCGCCUCCCAUCCCCUCCACCUCUUAACAUACACCAACACUUCCCCAACCACUUGCCCCUCUCCAAAGCCCUCCAAGACCUCCUCACCGCGACCCUGGCACCAGGCAACCUGAGCGUCGAGGCAUCGGGAGGGCCGGCGCCAGCGGCAAACUUUUUCAUUGGCUCAUCAAUAACAGUACUGACCAAUCAGACGUGUGUACUCGUGCAUGAAAGCCUGUUAACCUGGAGUGAGGCCUUUCGUGGGCCAGCUCAAAUAAAGAUGACCUCAGCAUGACAAAACAUCUGGGACAAUAAAGACAAG